UUAAAAAUCUGAACAUUUCUGCUCUUUUCCUGCAGAGGAUACCGAUGGCCUUGGUGUGUGUGGAUGGAUCCUGGUGAUCACCUCGCUGGUUUUCACUGUUCUUACAUUUCCCAUAUCCAUCUGGAUGUGCAUAAAGAUCAUAAAGGAGUACGAGCGAGCCAUCAUAUUCCGGCUGGGACGCAUCCUGAAAGGGGGAGCAAAGGGACCAGGUUUGUUUUUUGUCCUGCCCUGCACAGACAGCUUCAUCAAGGUUGAUAUGAGAACCAUCUCUUUCGAUAUUCCUCCCCAGGAGAUCCUGACCAAGGACUCAGUGACGGUGAACGUGGACGGGGUGGUUUAUUACCGGGUCCAGAACGCCACCCUGGCCGUGGCAAACAUCACCAACGCCGACUCUGCCACCCGCCUGCUGGCACAGACCACCCUGAGGAACGUCCUGGGCACCAAGAACCUGUCUGAGAUCCUCUCUGACCGGGAGGAGAUUGCACAGUGCAUGCAGUCCACGCUUGAUGAGGCCACAGAUGAUUGGGGCAUUAAGGUGGAGCGUGUGGAGAUCAAGGAUGUGAAGCUGCCUGUGCAGCUGCAGAGGGCCAUGGCUGCAGAGGCAGAGGCUGCCCGGGAGGCCAGAGCCAAGGUGAUCGCGGCCGAGGGGGAGAUGAACGCGUCCCGCGCCCUCAAGGAGGCCUCCAUGGUGAUCACCGAGUCUCCCGCCGCGCUGCAGCUGCGCUACCUGCAGACCCUGACCACCAUCGCCGCCGAGAAGAACUCCACCAUCGUCUUCCCCCUGCCCAUCAACAUCCUGCAGGGCCUCCUCCACCUCAAAGAGUAGGGAGGGUGGGAGCAUCUUUGCAGCGCUGCAUUCCUGGGCACUGCAGCUCCCGGCAGUGUUGGCAACGCGGGUUUGCUGAGGAACCUCUUCUGUUUUACUAAGUGUGUUAUAAAACUUGUGUGUAGUGUUUGUGGAUAUGGACAAUUACAAUUAUUUGAAGUUGAAAGCCUCUCAGAAGGAGUACAAGCAAGUUGUGAUCUUAAAUAAACUUUAUCCAAACUGUCCUGGAUGGGGCACCUCUAAUCCGUAACCUCCCCUUUUCGAAUAGUGUAGAAAAGGAGUUGUGGUAGAGGUGAUCCAACAUUUGGAAAGAGAAUUAUUCCCUGCAAGGGAAGUGGAACAGCCCUGACUGUAUUCUCCUGGAGUGUAGCUGUAUGUGAUGGAGUCAGCAGAUUGGUUCUCUGCCUUACACAAGGAAAAGUUGAUGCAGGAGUGAGAAUACUGUCCUGGGGACUUGUCAAAAUCGGGUUCCUGCUCUCUAAUCCAGUCCCCAUUCAUGAGAAACAGUUGUUGGUGGAACUUUCCAUCUGUUCUGCCCCCCAGGAACGGCACAAACAUGCCGUGGUUAUGGACACAACGUGCUUGUGGUCACUGCUGGGCUGGUGUUGUUACAGGGCUGUGUCUGUGUAGAGUUGCGCUGCUUUAAAGCACUGAAAAGGGUCUGCCUUUAUCUGUUUCUCUUAAAAAGGAAUUUUUAAAAACCAAAGCACUGCGUUUUAUCCAGGUCUAAAGCCUUCUUCCUGUAGAAGUCAGACGUCUGUAACUGGUGGGGUGGGGUGGUGUUUAACAGAGAUGCUGCACUGUUGAUACACCUGUUGGGACACAGGGGUUUUACCUGGUGGUGCUGCUCUGUGCACACCUGGAGGGGUUGUGGUGUCACUAAGGGCUUACAUUUCAUCCCAAAGCAGGUGAGCCUCAGCUCACACAACCCUGGCUGGCUGUUAAACUUUGUGUUUUGUACCUCUUUAGUAGAUGUAAUUACAGACUGAAAUGAGGAGAAUUGGAGUCUGCAGGGGGGGAGGCUCUUCAGGCUGCCACCAGCACUGAGUCUGGCACCUUGAACUUCCGGGAGGUGGCAAUGAGACCAAAAAGCCAAGAUCAGUGCUGUAAGUGCCCUUCUCACACUGGGCAGCAUAAACCUCACAGCUUGGGGUUUGUCCCCUUUCUGCUAUGCUCAGUUCUGUGUUUACAGGUGUUUUAGUACAGGCAGGGCCUGUCCAGCUGUGCCUUUGUCCCUGGCAGCAGAUGCCCAAGUGCUGGUGCUUUCCUGCCUGUUUGCUGCAAAGCUUUUCUUUUCCUCUGCAGCACCAAAGCAAUACACUCCUCUGUCAGUGCAGCACUUCAUGUAAACUGAGUUUAACUUUUGGGUGGGAGAGGGAGAAUCAGUUACCAAAGCUGGGCUGAUCAGCUCUGCUGUGCUCAGAGGGGGUCCUUGGGGAACAUGGUGACUCUGUAACUCCUGCUGUUGCUGCUGCAGGUGCCACCCCUGUGAAUUGUUGUUGACACCACGAGAUGCUUUUUGCUCUCCUCUGAAUAAAAGAUGUGCUGUUUACUAACGA